ACUUGUGAGUUGUCGAUGGACAUUAUUAUAAUAUCAAUAGUUUUAAAUGAGCGGCACAAUACGUUAAUAAUGUUCAGAGUUUUGAUAAUAUUUACACUUUUUUCGGUACUGAAUUGUAAAACAAUCGGCAUCCGUAGCAUAGUCAGAGCAAACUCGUGGGGAAAUUAUACAGAUGGUGCCGUUCUUUAUCAGCUCAAUCUAGAAGAUAAAUUUGAACUGCUAAUACCAAAAGAAUGUUCGAGAAGCGAAAUAUGUGAAAAUAUUUCCGACUUUCCGCACGAAACAAUCGCAAAAUUGAUAAAAAUUAUGAUUGCAGAUAAUGUUCAAUUUCAUAAAGACAAAGAUUACGAAAAUAAGGAUAAUGUCAAUCUAUUCGAUGUGGACGAGGAAAGUCAGGAAUUAUGCGACUCUAAGCACGUGAGUUUUCAACCACAAGCCGUGAAGGAUAGACAUGGAAAGUGGUUUAUUGUAUUGAAUUCCAAAUACAAGAUGGUACAAAGCUUUAAUGGGGAAGUAUGCUUAGGCGGACCAAAAAAGAACUGUUCAAGUAUUGCCUUUUUCAACACGAGCUAUGAGGGGCGCUGCGUUCAGAAAUAUCGUUCUGCAUCGGUAAUCGUCCUUAGCAAUGACCUCAAGCAAGUCAUCGUUAAAGCUACUCCUGUCCCGACAUGCUGCUCUUGUGUGGCGUUUAAAAAGAAUUGAAAUCGAAAUAAAAAAUACAUUGUGUUACUA